AUGGCGGGUCAUUCGCACGGCUUUUCCACACCCAACUACAGAGUGUGUGACCCCAUGCCGGACGGCACCCCGGUGGUCAAAGGCUAUGACUUCAACAAGGGUGUGGAUCACAAGGCUCUGCUGCGGUCCUACCUCACCACUGGAUUACAGGCCACUCGAUUUGGCUUGGCGGUCAAGCAGAUCAACAGCAUGAUCGAGAAGCGCAUGCAGCCUGUGGUGGCUAAGAACGGGGAAGAGCCAGACCCGGCCGUCUGCCCCUGUUACGGUAGCUGCACCAUCUUCUUGGGCUACACGUCGAACCUCAUCAGCUCCGGCCUCCGGGAGACCAUCUGCUACCUGGCUCAACACAGAAUGGUGGAUGUAAUUGUGACCACAGCAGGAGGGAUAGAGGAAGAUCUGAUCAAGUGUAUGGCACCAAGCUACAUCGGCGACUUCCAAAUGCCUGGCAAGUACUUGUACAAAAAAGGCCACAACAGGUGAGAGUCUUGAGUCCUUCUUUAC